AUGGCCACUGGACAACUAUUCUCGCGUACUACGCAAGCUUUGUUUUACAACUACAAGCAACUUCCCAUCCAGCGGAUGCUCGACUUUGACUUUCUUUGUGGUAGAGAAACACCAUCAGUUGCUGGAAUAAUUAAUCCAGGUUCCGAGGGAUUUCAGAAGCUCUUUUUUGGUCAGGAGGAAAUUGCCAUCCCAGUUCAUGCUGACAUUGAAGCGGCUUGUGCUGCACACCCUACUGCUGAUGUGUUCAUCAAUUUUGCAUCAUUUAGAAGUGCGGCUGCAUCAUCAAUGGCUGCUUUGAAGCAGCCGACAAUUAGAGUUAUUGCUAUUAUUGCUGAAGGUGUACCUGAGUCAGACACUAAGCAAUUGAUAGCGUAUGCUCGGGCAAACAACAAGGUUGUUAUUGGUCCAGCCACUGUCGGAGGAAUUCAAGCUGGUGCUUUUAAGAUAGGUGACACUGCUGGAACAAUAGACAACAUAAUUCAGUGCAAGCUCUACAGGCCUGGAUCUGUUGGAUUUGUUUCCAAAUCUGGUGGGAUGUCCAAUGAAUUAUACAACACUAUUUCCCGUGUAACAGAUGGAAUUUAUGAAGGCAUUGCCAUUGGCGGAGAUGUUUUCCCAGGUUCCACACUUUCUGACCAUGUUUUGCGGUUUAACAACAUACGACAGGUUAAAAUGAUAGUAGUACUUGGGGAACUUGGUGGGUGCGAUGAGUAUUCUCUAGUGGAAGCCCUAAAACUAGGGAAAGUGACAAAACCAGUUGUUGCCUGGGUUAGCGGGACCUGUGCACGUCUCUUCAAAUCUGAAGUACAAUUUGGUCAUGCUGGAGCAAAAAGUGGUGGUGAGAUGGAGUCUGCGCAAGCAAAGAAUCAGGCACUAAGGGAAGCCGGAGCUGUUGUUCCCACCUCAUAUGAAGCUUUAGAAGCUGCAAUAAAGGGAACAUUUGACAAAUUGGUUGAAAAAGCGGUUGUCACACCUAUUAAAGAGUUUACUCCUCCACCAAUCCCCGAGGACCUUAACACUGCGAUUAGGAGUGGAAAAGUACGUGCACCAACUCAUAUCAUUUCCACCAUCUCCGAUGACAGAGGUGAGGAGCCCUGCUAUGCUGGUGUACCAAUGUCUACCAUUAUUGAAAAUGGUUAUGGUGUGGGGGAUGUAAUCUCUCUUUUGUGGUUCAAACGCAGCCUUCCCCGUUACUGUACUCAAUUUAUUGAGAUAUGUGUCAUGCUUUGUGCCGACCAUGGUCCCUGUGUCUCCGGUGCUCACAAUGCUAUAGUAACAGCAAGGGCUGGGAAGGACCUUGUCUCUUGUCUUGUAUCAGGUUUGCUAACAAUUGGUCCUCGAUUUGGGGGUGCCAUUGAUGAUGCUGCUCGCUAUUUCAAGGAUGCUUAUGACAGGAAUCUUACACCUUAUGAAUUUGUUGAAAGUAUGAAGAAGAAGGGCAUCCGUGUUCCUGGAAUAGGGCACAGAAUCAAGAAUAGGGAUAACAAAGAUAAGAGAGUCGAGCUGCUACAAAAGUUUGCACGCACGCAUUUUCCAUCUGUGAAAUACAUGGAGUAUGCUGUUGAAGUUGAAAACUACACCCUUACGAAGGCAAAUAACCUAGUUCUAAACGUAGAUGGUGCAAUCGGGUCACUUUUCUUGGAUCUUCUAGCUGGUAGUGGAAUGUUCACCAACCAAGAGGUUGAUGAAAUUGUGGGGAUUGGUUAUCUGAAUGGGCUUUUUGUUUUGGCACGCUCCAUUGGACUGAUCGGGCAUACCUUUGACCAAAAGAGAUUGAAACAGCCACUCUACCGCCACCCAUGGGAAGAUGUUUUGUACACAAAAUGA